AGGGACGAUUCCGAUGCGUCGGGCAGAUACGAACCGAGCUGCACGCCUCCAGACGGAGAGGGUAUCCGCCGAGCGACACAUGCGUCAGGGACUCAGCCUUCUCGGAGGGUUUAAAGAACCCUUCACCCCACCCUUCUCUUGAAAAAAAAGAGAAAGAACGACUUGAGUAAGGGAAAUCACGUACGCAACAAACCCCGCCCAUGCUGCUCCCACUGAACGAUGAUGGAUGAUGGACAGGACUCCGUUCAGAUUGGGGAGAACAAAUUCGUCAGCAAGAGUGCCCUGCUGUCGCACCUCAAAACAUAUAAUCUGUACUAUGAGGGACAGUCGCUCCAGCUCCGCCACAGAGAGGAGGAAGGGGAGCUGAUUGUCGAGGGGUUGCUCAAUAUCUUCUGGGGGCUCCGCCGACCAAUCAGGCUGCAAAUGCAGGAUGACAAGGAGCGGAUCAGACCACCUCCCUCCUCCACAUCCUGGCACUCAGGCUGCAAUCUGGGCGCACAAAGUAAGGAGGGUUCCCAGCAAAGCCCUCCUUCCAUUGAGGUUACAGGCACUGAGGGCCAAUCAAAAGAGAGCCCUGUGAAGGAGGAAGGAGAACCAGCUCCUGGCGAGGGUGAGGAAGACUCCCCUCAGCUCCUGAGGACAAAGAGCGAUGCAGGGGUUUUGAGGCGAGGCACCCGGCGAUCGCCUAGCGAUCAGCGGCGAAUCAGGCGCCACCGAUUCUCCAUCAACGGCCACUACUACAACCACAAGACGGCCGUGUUCACGCCUGCGUAUGGCUCGGUGACAAAUGUUCGCAUUAACAGCUGCAUGACCACCGCUCAGGUUCUGCGCGUGCUGCUCAGCAAGUUUAAGAUUGAGAACAGCCCCGACGACUUUGCCCUUUACCUCGUCCACACCAGCGGGGAGCGGGCGAAGCUGAAGCGUGCUGACCACCCCCUGGCAGUGCGCGUGCUCCAAGGUCCAUGUGAGCAGGUCUGCAAGGUCUUCCUCAUGGAGCAGGACCUGGGAGAGGAGGUCACCUACGAUGUGGCACAGUACAUCAAGUUUGAGAUGCCGGUAUUACAGAGUUUCAUCAUCAAACUGAAGGAGGAGGAGGACAGAGAGGUGCAGAAACUCAUGAAAAGGUACAAAUAUCUCCGCAGCAUCAUUGAGAAACAGUUGCAAUGUCUGACUGAGGGGUCCACCUUUAUGUGAAGAGCACCAUGAUGGAUCCCCAGGAACCCAUAAUCUCUCUUCUUUGACCAAUUUUCUCUCCUUCUUUCCAUCAUACACUCUCUACUCCAUCCUGUUCCCCCUCUUAUGCUCCUCCUACUGAGGCUGCUUCUGUCUUUCCCCCAUGACUUUUCCCUAUCCAUUCAAUCACAUGACACUCCAUACGUAUCUCUUUCCUCCAUCUCUACCUACCUGUCCAAUCACAAGCCACUCCGCCCAUCUCUCUCUCAUCCUCCUCUGUCCACUCAUCCAAUCACAAGCCACUCCGCCCAUCCCUCUCUCAUCCUCCUCUGUCCACUCAUCCAAUCACAAGCCACUCCAACCAUCCCUCUCUCCUCACCCCCUGCCCACCCAUCCAUUUGAAAGUCACUCGAUGGAGGUGAACCUCCGCGGCAAUGCAGGAACAGAGCAAUAAUCUCCGAUUUUGACGCCCCUGUGAAGACAAAGGUUUUCUAGCACUUUUCCCCCGUGGACCUUGCAGAACUGUCAGGACACAAAUCCAGACAAGCACACAGCGCUCACUGUGGGACGCCCAGGAGCACAAAAGCCACCUUACGCAGGGGACACUCUGUUUUGUAGCCCAGCUGAAACUGCCUCUGUCUGAGUGACGACCAGCGUACGGCCCUCCAUGGACGUCACCACCGAGUCACUCCCCACUGUACUCAUUUCCACUGUGGAGUGGGCACUCUGAGAUACAGCCCCCUUCACCUCACAGCAUCGGCUUGUGACUCUCUCUGCUCUGUGGAGUUUGCUAGCCGUGGAGAGGGACGCGCCAUUUUACCUGGGGUAUCCUGUCACAGACAGCAUAUACAGGAACUAUUGCUCCUCUACUGAGAACAUUCCUUUUCUUGUGCAGUUUGGACGCCUCCUGACCUCAGGCUCCUCUGAAUGUGGCCCGCCCUUAGCUUCCUGUUGUGUGAAGCCGCCAAUCAGCUGUAGCUGUCCUACCAUGUGACCCCGCCUUCUUCAUUUAAGUGUACGUGCAGAAUGUGAAGGAACUAUCAUGCAUGCCCCUUGAGGGGGGGUUAUGGGGGGCUUUACCAACCCCCCCAUACAAAACUGAGGGCCUUUUUCAGGGCUUCUUCUUGUGGUCCAGUAAAGCACAUUAUUUUACCCUGUAAUGGCACAACAACAUUACUCUUCCAAAGAUGGGUCCUCGAGAGAGAGUAGUGAUGUAUCUACUAUGUAUCUGCAGUGCAUUGUUUGAAUGUUUUUAUGCAUAUGCGUGGUGUGUGUGUGUGUUUGUGUGUGUGUGUGUGUGUGUGUGUGUGUGAGAGAGAUGCAGCAGCUGAGGAACUUAAGUGGAAAAUUUGUUUGGUCCCCAAGGAAUAUUGCAUUGUGCACCCAUCCAUUCAAAGAUAUCUGUGGAACAAUGUCCUGAGAAUAGCUUUCCAGCUGUGUUUGUGCAUGCCUGUUUCUGUGUUACAUGCAGUAUAUGGCUUUCCAGCGCUGCUUGCUAUUUCUUUUCAAAACUUUAUUUUGUAUCUGAAAAAUUACUGAUGGAUAUAUUUGUAAGUUUUGUGCAUUUUUUUUUUGGAAAGAGACACAAAGACGCUUUAUUUCCCAGUGUUACAGACAAUGCCUUAAUUCUGAAUGUUUAUCAUUUUUUAAAAUGCCAAUGAUUUUUUUAUUGUUAUUAUUUAAUAAAGACAUGGAGAGGCCCUCAGGUCUCCUCAUUCAC